GGAAGGAUGUCGAUGCGCCGUCGGUGGUCGGUUUCGGGGGUUGACUCGCGCCGCGGGGGCGAUGAGCGCAUUUCCCUCCGUCCUGAGACUGACCUGCUGCUGCUGCCGCCGCCACCGCCGUUGCUGCUGGCCCCUGCUGACCUGCCUCAUCAUCAUCGUCGUCCUGAUACCUGCGCUCUGCACUACCAGCGACACGCCGCGGCAGGUGGUGCGCCGGAUCAUCCGCGAACGGCCUGUAGAAGGUGAUGAUGAUACGCUGGGGCACCGGUCGACCUACCUCGGCGACGACGUCGACGUCGUCUAUGACGACGAGCAGGUGCCUGCCGAGGAUGACGACCCCGACGACUGGUUCCAGAGAAACAUCACCGCGGAGAAAGGGCGGUACCUGGGCUCGCCUUGCGACUUCGUGUGCAACCCCGAGUUACAGCACGUGUUCUGUGAUUCAAUCACCGGCCACUGCGAGUGCGAAAAGUUCUAUCCUGUUCGUCUCGGCCCUACGAAGGGAUGUGCCAAACCCAAAAGACUCGGAGAACAGUGCUUCUAUCGUGCGACGUGCACUUUCGCGGACCAGCAUUCAACGUGCACCCAGGUUCAACACAAUGCGGUAUGCGACUGCGAGCAGGGAUAUCACAGGGUUGCUCUAUCUAGGCCUAACAAGAAGGUUUUCUGUGCGGAGGAUCUGGCGCUGAUAACUACAGACCUCCCGACCCUACUCUGCAUAGCAUCGGGGAUAGCCAUCUUCACGGCGAUGAUAUGCUUCGUGCUCAAACUAUUCAGCAGGGCGAGGUAUUCAAGGCCGCGGCACUAUGCCAACGCCAAUCAUGCGCCACCCAUGCUGUUUUCCAGUGAUACAGGCAUUCCGUUAACGCUGCACGGGCGACCGUCCUCCCGAUCCAGCCAGCGCAGCGGCAGCGCUGGACCCCUGAGCUGCGCGUUCACCAGGAGGCCCAGCAGUGGCGGCAGCCGUGGACCCCUGGUACCAGCUUCCAGAGCAGGUGCGGCACGGGCCGCAGCCAUCUUGCUUAUAUCGUGUCACCUGCAGGCGACCAAAGGCAACAACAAGCAUCGACGUACCCUUAGUGACGUAGCCGAGGGAUCGUCCGACGGCCUCGGUUCCCGCCGUCCUAGUUUAGCGUCGGUUCACAGUUCGACAUCCUCGUCCCGUAGUUACAGCACUCGUCGACUCGAGAAGGAGAGGAACGACAAGGAGCAGCGCCAAGCGGUCCAGGAGCUCCGACUGACGAAGCAGCGGGAGCAGCUGCAGCAGCAGCAGCAGCAACAGGUGGUACCGACGCCUAGUCCCAGGACACCCCAUUCCACGGACGAGUUGCUGCCUUCAGUCGAGGAGGGGAAGGAAGUCUUUUACAACGACCAGGUACCGACGACGUCAGACGUAUCAGACACUAUCCCGAUGACGACGACUACGAUGACGAUGACGACGACGACGACGAUAACAACGGCGAUAACCGCUACCAACGCGAGCACACCCCAAACGGGCGAGAACGCGCCUAUGGAAACGCCAACAACGUCCAUCUUCGACGCGAGAGUUGCGCCACGGGCUUCCGACGAUAUUUUUCAAGUAUAGUCUUCGUCAAAUACGGUCAAGUCAUUGGACUCGCAGUUUAUUAAUGACCUUUUUAUCGUAUUUGCAAGAACCAACCGCGACAUAUUCAUAAAAGAAGGAAACGCAUAUGUAUAAAACAAAGUGUGGAGAUACGCUUGCGAUAAGAUAAAAAGCUCCAAUAUAAAUAGAGAUGCACAAAUAUCGAAAAUAAAUUAAAUUUAUAUUCUGUCCACAUCAUAAAAUCUGUUUCUUUAUACACGAUAUAAAUGUGAAUAUUAUGACGUAAAAGUUUCGAAGCUUCAACCAUUUUUGUUUCAAAUUUUAUGAGAAUUAACUGCAUACGUGUACAUUUUUCGUAGAAUUAUGUAUUUAUAAUAUUUAUAAUCUCAUUUAAGAAGCGUAAAAUGUGCAAAUGCACUUCACAAUAGAUUUUAUGAUGUGGACAAAAUAUUGAUGCAAAUAGAAGGCACUAUCUGAAUGAAUUGUACUUGGGCACAAGUGUACUUAAACGAGCUAGAAAAGAUUGCGAUAUAAUAAGGCGUAUUUUUACUCGAUACUUGCACAGACAAAUAAGUAUUCACGAAUGCAGCUGGACAUUCAAAAAAGAGCGGGGACUAAUGAAUUUAAGCAAAGCAAUCAAUGCAAAAGACGGUAAUAACAGAUUCUUUUCUCGAAUAUCUAACGAUAGGCAAAAAGAUAUUGGGAUCAUAACUACGGAUGAGCGCGAAAAAAGUGCAUUUACGCUUAGGUAUUUAAUAUGCGCCACGCAAAGAUUCGAGAUUGAUGACGAAAUAUUUUCAAUUAAUCGGAGAACGAUACUAGAAGAGAACUGGCGUGCGUUUCAAUGCUUCAGAUUAAUUAAAACCAGGACUUGUAUUAUCGUACCGAACGCAAAUGCUCCACAAAAGAAAAUUUUGGAAUCCUAUAAAAAUUGUAGACUUAUCAAAUAAUUAAAUUUCUUUUGGAAUCGAAAGAUUUUCAAUUGUACAAAUUUACAAAUUGACAAAUUUGUGUUCUUACAAAGAAGCUCGGUCAGAGAUGGAGAUUUUUGGAGAUCAAUUAUGCCAGAAAAAAAUGAAUUAUAUCAAUUAACCAAAAUUUCAUCGAUUACAUGUUUUUUAAUGUAACUUUAUGUAGUUUACAUAUCAAAAAGAUACGUGUGUCAUUAUAUGAUUACAUAUCGGAGACCAUGUAUGUAUACCUGACGAAAGCAUUGAUUCGCGUAAAAGAGGCUACUGACCAUUUUAAAAAAGAAUUCGUCGUAAAACAUUUUGCAUGAUUCCCACAAAUACGAUCGUACUUGAUUCGAAGUACAAUAAUGAUUAUUCGAAUUUAUCCAGAGCUAGGGAAAUCGUUUCGGUGUCUCAAUGAUAUAUCCGUUCAAUGAUUACACGUAAUCGCCAUGACCAUUUUCAGUCGAGCUGCGAAUAAAAUUCAUAUGAAUCGUUGGUCCUAGUGUGACCACAACGUAUACGGAUUACAUGCAAAACAGUAUCUCGCUCGAUAUUUUGCUCGAGCGAGAUUAUUGCGCCAUAGAGGUCUCAUUGAAAAAUCAUGAUCUGACAGAAUUAUUGAGAGGAGCAAACGUACUUCUAUUGUGCGCCAUAAAAAUAAUAAAAACCGAACGGCAUUCUCCCAGACUUAAAGAGAUUCGAGGGAUGAUACUUGAUUGUAAAAGGGGUAAGAGCAGGGCUGCUAUUGCAAUCCCGUCGCUUUGCUUUUCCGGGGUGGCGCGUGAUUGAUGGUCGGCCGUAAAAAUUCUUCACCUCCCAAUACAAAAUCUUCUUUGAUUGAUUUCUUUUUGGGCAUUCCAACAAUGCCUGGUUCAUUUGUGUGCGUACGCGAUGCGUACACGGACUCCGUUUCCAUCAUUAGACAACUGUAAGAAGAAUAUAUAUGUAGUAGGUAUUACGAUAUAUACUGUAAUAUAUUUGUUGAGAUCGAGAUCGUCAUACGCCUCUCUUGAUUUUAGAUAGCACACAUUUAAUUAUUAUUACACAAUUCGCUCACCUGUCUAUGCGAUACGUUGUACUCUUUUGAUUCAAGUGAGCGCGGGAUGUUUCUCAUGCACGAUUUCAUACGGAUUCGGAUGACGACUCGGAGCCGCAAAAUUUUUUCUAUUGCACCAACAUCGCAGUUUCCGUGAUUACAACAUUCGUCGGAAACUUAACGGGCAUGAUUAAUCACGAGAUCAUAUUUUCCGAGAACGAGCCUUCAGAAUAAAACGUUCGGUCGUUAGAUUCGAUGCGGUAAAAGUAUAAAAUGUAGUAAUAAAAGCAGAUCUUUAUGCGAAGUCAUCGCAUGAGGCAGUCACACGUUCUUAAUAUCUAUAAGAUCGGACAUCUCAGAGAAAGAAAGAGAGAGAGAGAGAGAGAGAGAGAGAGAGAUGUAUAAAUCUAUCGUUAUAAAAAGAAACGUAUAUUAUAUAUCGACAGUCUCGUGUUCGGAUAAUUUACAUACGCUGCCUUUCCCGAAUGAAUAAUAAUUAAAAAACGAAAAGAGCGUCGAAGCCCCAGGAUGUUCUUAUACACUCUUCAAGCGCUGCAUAACGUGAAAACGCUGCAUAGGCAUACGUACUUACACGCAGCACAGACACAGACACACACACACACACACACACACACACACACACAUACAUACAUACAUACAUACACACACAUGCAUACACAUACACAUGCAGAGAUCCAUGUACACCUGACACACAGAAGUAAGAUAAGAUACUUAUACGUACGUGUUCGGCAACGAUCGCACCCGGUUUCCUUAGGCUCGGCCGUUAGUUGACCGAUCUAUUAUCAUUAAGAACAAAAGACGAGACACAGAGUUAUAUCACACGCAGCCCGCAUUCUUCCGAAAUACUAUCGAGAUAUUCGACUUGCCGUCUGAUUUAUAAAAGUUGAUGUACAACGUUAUAGUUUUAUCCCGGUUUUCAAUGUUUACUGUACUAUAUAAGAUUGUAAUAUAGUCGUUGGGCCAAAUAAAGCUCGUUUUUCGACAUAAGCGUA